CUCCCCGGGCCGGGGCUGAGAAGCCGCGCCGAGAAAUGGCCGCAGCCGCCGCUGCUCCCUCAGUCGCUACCGCCGCCGUGGCCGCCUCUCCUUCCCCUUCCCCCUGCGCCUCCGCCUCUCCGCCGCCGGGAGACGGCGUGGAGAGCGAGCAGCAAGCGGCGAUCACGGCGGCCGCCCUGCUGCUGAACGGCGCGGUGGCGGUAACGGGCGGCAAGAACGGGCGCUCGGAAGGCAAGAGCGGUGGCGGAGGAGCAGGAGGAGGCGGCCGUGCUCAGGCCUCGAAGCAGCAGCAGCAGCAGCAGCAACGGCGGCCACGGCGGCGAGACGUCGACGAGGUGGAGGACGAAGAGGAAGGCGACCUCGAGGAGGAGGACGAAGAGGAGGACGACGAUGAGGAGGAGGAAGAAGAGGACGAGGAGGAAGGCAGCGACCCCAGCUGCACCGGGCAGCCGGCGUCCCAGGACGCUCACCGGCCCCCGGGCCCCCAACAGCAGCAGCAGCAGCAGGCGGCCAAGAGCGGGGCCCUGGCCGGCGGGCAGCAGCAGCAGCUGCAGCGAGGCCGGGACGAGGCUCCCGGCAACAGGCGGCAGAGUCUGGAGAACUCGUCGGACGGGGAGCCGCUCAGCCGCAUGGACUCAGAGGACAGUAUCAGCAGCACCUUAAUGGAUAUGGACAGUACUAUCUCCAGCGGACGCUCUACUCCAGCGCUGAUAAAUGGGCAUGGAAGCACUACUUCAGGAAAGAAUAUCACUUACAACUGCUGUUGGGACCAAUGCCAGAACAGUUUCUGCUCCAGUCCAGAUUUGGCAGAUCACAUCCGUUCAAUUCAUGUGGAUGGGCAACGUGGAGGGGUGUUUGUUUGCCUGUGGAAAGGGUGCAAAGUGUACAACACGCCAUCCACUAGUCAAAGCUGGCUGCAGAGGCAUAUGCUCACGCAUAGUGGAGACAAGCCAUUUAAGUGUGUUGUUGGUGGAUGCACUGCGAGCUUUGCAUCUCAAGGCGGCCUUGCUCGUCAUGUUCCCACUCACUUCAGCCAACAAAACUCUGCAAAGGUUACUAGUCAGCCGAAAGUCAAGGAGGAAUCCCCUUCAAAAGCAGUAAUGAAUAAACGAAGGAGACUAAAAAAUAAGCGACGGCGUUCACUACCAAGACCACAUGACUUUUUUGAUGCUCAGACAAUGGAUGCCAUAAGACAUCGUGCCAUCUGUUUUAAUCUGUCGACCCAUAUUGAAAGUCAUGGAAAUGGCCAUAGUGUCGUGUUCCAUAGCACAGUAAUAGCACGGAGGAAAGAAGAUUCUGGAAAAGUCAAAGUGCUGCUUCACUGGACGCCCGAAGACAUUUUGCCUGAUGUAUGGGUGAAUGAAAAUGACAGAUCACAACUGAGGACAAAAACAGUUCACUUGUCAAAACUACCACAGGAUGCUGCUUUACUCCUUGAUCCAAACAUUUAUCGACCGACUGGCUUCCUACAACAUUAUGAACAUGGCUCCAUGGUUGACACAUGACAACUAAACUUCACAUAAGUCUAGAAGAAGCAGCACAGGACAAUGCCACAGAAGAGGCUGAAAAGGAGGUAAGAUCUGAUCCAGGAACCAAAAUGGUGUCAAAUUCAGCCACCGAGACUGGGAUAGAAUAUUGCACAUGAGAACCGAUUAUUCCCCACCCAGUCUCAGCUGAUUUGUGUACUAAAAGCAGACUUUGGGAGAACGGAUCUGCAGCUUCAGUUGGGUUCGCACCCCUCCUUUUCGAUGGUACAAUGGAAACUCUACAGGGAAUACUUGGCAUCUAACGGGAGAAAGUGCAAUGAGGAACUUUCUCCUGAGAUUUGUUUGCCCGCUGCUUCAGGCUGUGCCCCUUCCCAAUCUCAAAUCAGGAUUUCAAAUUUUACAAGAGUUUUCAAACAAAAAUAAUCUGGCUAACUUCUGAUUGAAGUGCAGACAACUUUUUUUUUUUCCUCGUGAUUAUUACUUGUGCAGUAAUGCCUCAAUUUAACUGGACGCAUUGUAUUGUUUUUUUUAAUCUGUAUCUUUUAAACAACUUGGUAGUGAAAGGUCUUGACUUUAAGAUCUGUGAACUCUUAAAUAUAAAUUCAAUCUUUUAAAUGAAACUGAUCUCAUCAUUGAAAAUGGAUUACUUUCUACUGCCAAUUUAGGAUGCCAAUCUUUUGGGGGAAUAAAGGCUAGAAAGUUUUAAUUCAAUGCACCAAAGCUUGCUGCAUAGAAGAUCUUAGAUUCGGAAUUAACCCACUGUUUGCAUCGGUGUUAAUCUUCAUGCUUAUGUGUACACAUGAAAAGAGCCUGUAUUUUUACUGUACGAAAAUGAGAAUUUCUAGAAUAUUCUGUAACAUCCUAGACCUAGUUUCAGAAGGCAUAAAGUUGCAUAUAGUUAAUAGUAAAUUGCCUGUAAAUAUUUCUGCAGAUUUGUAAUAUAUUUUUAUACUUUAAAAUGUACUGUAGAUUUUAAUUUUGGUUUAUCUUUUAGGAGCAUGGAAAUGAAUUUUGAAAUGUAUAUAUUAUGGUAGAACAAAUGUUGAAGGAUAAUGUGAUUAUUUUGAGCUGGCAGAAAACCUGUUAACAAACUCUCCCUGACUCCCUGAAAAAUAGCACCUUUCCUAAUUAUAAAAGGACAUUUGCAGUUUGCUGCAACUGCCUAAUACUACUGCUAGUGUCUUAAAGUUUUGUGCCGGAUAUAAUCAGCAUGACUUGGAUUGUGUCUUUAAACUGUACAGAAGGCUAGUUUUUCAUUGACAGAGGCAGCCUUUCUUUAAAAAAGGCCUUCAUUAAAGUAACCUUGUUUCAUACAGUUGUAAGCCCUUCACGCAAUGUAUCUUCCCCCGAGCACUUCAUCUGUAUCCACUGCUUUGUUCUGCGUCUAAAUCAAAGCCACUGCUUUAUCAGUUAUUUUUUUUAAUAUAAUAAAGUACCAACUGGAAGGU